AUGCCCGGCAAGAUUAUUGAUCAAUACGAUCACGUUCCAGUGACCAAGGAAGACUUGGACUGGGCUGAACUUGUGACCCUCGAUCUGAGUCUCUUUGAACAACCUGGCGGUAAAGAGCAGCUUUCUAAGCAGCUUGAACACGCUGUGAAACAUGUUGGCUUCUUCUAUGUCAAAGGCUUCAACAUCGGCCAAGACGAAGUUGAUCGCCAAUUCGCUCUAGGUCGCGAGUUUUAUGAUCUCCCACUAGAGGAGAAACUAAAAUACCACAGCGCCAAUGAUCUCGUCAAUGGCGAGUAUAAUGGAUACAGACCUGCGGGUCACCGCGUCAUGGGUAACGGUGUCAAGGAUAAUGUGCAGGUCUACAAUAUCCCGAAAUUCGAUGGCUUCCACCAGCGACAACAGCCCCCCGUCAUCUCUGAUCACAUCGAAGAGAUUGAAGCUUUCAGUAGGAAAUGUCACACCGAAGUAGUAGAAAAAUUGCUCCGGCUCUUCGCCAUUCUUCUCGAACUUCCAGAAGAGGAUCAGCUAGUUCGCGAUCAUCAAUAUGAUGUCAAGGGCGAAGAUCACCUGCGCUACAUGCACUACGCAACGCGCAGUGCCGAAGAGAACAAGAAAGUGGGUGGCUUAUAUAGCGCUGGCCACACAGACUUGGGCUCCAUCACCCUGCUUUUCCGCCAGCCCGUGGCUGCUUUGCAGAUCCUCAACUCUGAUGGAGAAUGGAAGUGGGUCAAGCCCCAAGACGGGACUAUUACAAUCAACACCUGUGAUGCUCUCACGGCUUUGACUGGAGGAUACAUCAAGUCGAGUAUUCACCGUGUCCACACCCCUCCCGCGGAUCAGGCCCAUGUCGAUCGUUUGGGCGUGCUGUACUUUGCUCGACCAAACAACCAUGUUGUUCUGGAUCCUAUCGAGAACAGCCCUGUAUUGAAUCGUCUAGGUCUCACCCGAAAUGCUUUCACCGAGCUUGGUCAGCAUCUUACCACUGAACAGUGGGUGAAAGUGCGACAAACCCAGCAACAACGUCGUAACAGGGAUAUCAAAGUCUCCGAAGACGGGAAGUUCACUUAUGGAAAGGGAGAUCUUGAUAUCAUCCCCGGCUUGAAGGCUAAAAUGUACGACUAA